UGCUAUCGUCGCCUAUCAACGACUGUUUGCUAGGUAGCCACCAGAAAGGGAAAGUAGGUGUAAUGGAUAGUUACGGAUGCUAACGUUAGCGAAAAACUGUUAAUUGUCAAGUAUUCGCCCCUUAAAUAGAAUAACCAUGUUCGGCCGCUCACGGAGCUGGGUUGGAGGGCAGGGGAGAACGAAAAAUAUCCACUCCUUGGAUCAUCUAAAGUAUAUGUACCAUGUCCUUACCAAAAACACAACAGUGACAGACCAUAACCGAAACCUAUUGGUGGAGACCAUCCGUUCCAUCACAGAGAUACUUAUCUGGGGAGACCAGAAUGACAGCUCUGUAUUUGACUUCUUUCUGGAAAAGAACAUGUUUGCCUUCUUCCUAAACAUCCUCCGGCAGAAAUCAGGACGUUAUGUUUGUGUCCAGCUCCUCCAGACUCUAAAUAUUCUGUUCGAGAACAUCAGCCAUGAAACAUCUUUAUAUUAUCUCUUGUCCAACAACCAUGUGAACUCCAUCAUUGUCCACAAGUUUGACUUCUCGGAUGAGGAAAUCAUGGCCUACUAUAUUUCAUUCCUCAAGACCCUUUCUCUAAAACUGAACAACCACACUGUGCAUUUCUUCUACAAUGAGCACACUAACGAUUUUGCCCUGUACACCGAGGCCAUUAAGUUCUUCAACCACCCUGAGAGCAUGGUCCGCAUCGCAGUCCGAACCAUUACGCUCAACGUCUACAAAGUUUCAUUGGACAACCAGCACAUGCUGCACUACAUUCGUGAUAAGACGGCGGUGCCAUAUUUCAGUAACCUGGUGUGGUUCAUCGGCAGCCACGUCAUCGAACUGGACAAGUGCGUGCAGACGGACGAAGAGCAUAAAAACAGGGGGAAGCUGAGUGACCUGGUAGCAGAACACCUCGACCACCUGCACUACCUGAACGACAUCCUCAUCAUCAACUGCGAAUUUCUCAGCGACGUGUUGACAGACCAUCUCCUCAAUCGUCUGUUUUUGCCGCUCUACGUGUACUCUUUAGUCAAUCCAGAGACAUCUGAGGAGAGAAAAAUCAACCCGCAGGUGUCUCUUUACCUGCUAUCUCAAGUGUUUCUCAUCAUCCACUAUCAGCCACUGGUCAACUCCCUUGCCGAUUUUAUUUUGAAUGGCGACCUGUCUGUCUUCACUCCACAGACAGACUUACACAGCGCACAUAAGAACACGGCAAGUGGAGGAGGAGUUCGUCGCUUCACAAAGCCCCCCGAGUCUCUGGAGCGCUCUCUGGAGCUGUCUCGCCACCGUGGCCGCAAGAAAACCCAGAAGAGGCCAAACUACAAGAAUCUGGGCGAGGAGGAGGAUGACGAAAGGGCUGGGGCAGGGGGAGGAAGUAGUGGACUUGGCGGAGAGGACAGCUGGGACGACAACAGCCGAGGAGGCGAGAGGGAGAAGGGAAAAGGUACAGAGGGAGUAGGAGGAGGAGGUGGGAGUUCUAAGGGAAGCAGAGCGAGUGGGGAGACGGCAGAAGAGAUUGAGAUGGUGGUGAUGGAGAAGUGUAAGGUGUCUGAGCUGACGGAGCAAAACAUCACAGACGAGGAGAAAAGUGCUGCUGCCACACGCAUGCACGCACAAAAGAGCAGACCGUUUUUAGACAUGGUCUACAGCGCCCUUGACUGUACCGGUGACGACUACCAUGCCCUGUUUGUCCUGUGCCUACUUUAUGCUGUGUCACACAGCAAAGGUAUCAACCGGGAUCUCCUCGAACGGCUGCAGCUUCCAGUUCCUGACCAGGAGAGGAGCUCUUACAGCCUGGUCCUGGUGGAGAGACUAAUCAGAGUGAUGAGCCAGGCGGCACAGCCAGAUGGUAAGGUGCGUCUUGCAACACUGGAGCUGAGUUGUCUUCUGUUGAAGCAGUCAGUGUUAUCAGGAAACCACUGCAUCAUCAAGGACGUUCAUCUGGCUUGUUUGGAGGGGGCAAGAGAAGAAAGCCUGCAUUUAUUGCGUGGAUAUUACAAGGGAGAGGAAAUCUUCCUGGACAUGUUUGAAGAUGAAUACAGGAGCAUGACGAGUAAACCUCUAAAUGUCGAGUAUCUAAUGAUGGAUGCCUCAGUGUUGUUGCCACCUACGGGCACGCCUUUGACUGGCAUCGACUUUGUCAAGAGACUGCCCUGUGGGGAUGUAGAGAAGACACGCAGAGCGAUCCGUGUCUUUUUUAUGUUGCGGUCGCUAUCGCUGCAGCUUCAGGGAGAACCUGAGACGCAGCUUCCUCUGACCAGACCUGAAGACCUCAUCAAAACAGAUGACGUCUUAGACCUGAAUAAUAGUGACCUCAUAGCCUGUAUGGUGGUGAGUAAAGAUGGCGGCCAGGCCCAGCGGUUCCUCGCCGUUGACGUCUAUCAGAUGAGUCUCGUGGAGCCGGAAUCCAAGCGCCUAGGAUGGGGUGUGGUCAAGUUUGCUGGACUUUUACAAGACAUGCAGGUGUCUGGUGUUGAGGACGACAGCAGAGCAUUGAAUAUUGUCAUCCAUAAGCCCAGCACCAACCCACAUGCCAAACCCAUGCCCAUCCUGCAAGCCAACUUCAUCUUUGCUGACCACAUACGAUGCAUCAUCGCCAAACAGAGGUUGGCCAAAGGUCGCAUUCAGGCCCGGCGAAUGAAGAUGCAGAGGAUUGCCGCUCUGCUUGAUCUACCAGUGCAACCGAGCGCAACAGAGGUUUUAGGCUUUGGCCAAACGGCCUCUGUUUCACCCAGUGGACUGCCCUUCAGGUUCUACGAGCAGUCGAGACGGGCCUCCAAUGACCCCACAGCCAGUAGAUCCAUGUUCGCUUCUGUGGACAAAGUACCAGGUUUUGCGGUGGCUCACUGUAUUUCACAGCAUAGUCCCUCGCCUCUCUCCUCACCCUCACCGCCAUCAAGUGGAAGUGGAAGCACGGGAAGGUGCGACUCGGUGACUGCAAGCACCAUAUCAGCUCAAAGCCCCACAGAUGAGGUGACAUUCUUGGAGCACAAUCCACCAUUGUCCUCAGGUGGAGAAGGAGACAGGGAGAGUGGAGAAGUAAAACUAGUCUCCGCUCCUUUAACCCCAGCCCCGACUCCUGCUCUGGCCCCAAGCCUCACUCCGGCCUCGCAGCCUACCAUCUCCCUCCUGACGGACAACAAUGCCGACAACCUCAGCGUGGAUUCACUCACUCUGCUGCCCCCCGCAGAGUCGCCGCACCUCCACCCGUACGUUAGCCACACUCCAGCGACACAUUCCCUCCAAAAAAUUGAUGCAUCCAUCGCAGAGGUGGAGGAAGAAGAAAAAGAGGAGGGGCAGGAUAGAGAAAGAGGACAAACGAAGAAGGAUGAAGAGGGAUCGCUGCCAGAGGAGGAGGAGGAGUCGCCUUUGGAUGAGACAGAGACGGACGCAACGGUAAAAGAGGAGAACACUACAACUGAGCUGGUCACACCCACUGAUGAAGCACCAGACGGUGAGGACACGUGUUCAGAGAUGGCAGGAGUUCCUGGUGGAGAGUCAGAGACGACAGUCGACCACGUGGACAACAGAGAAGACGAAGAGCUGGACACCGAAACACUGGACUCGCCGGAGCUGGAUUAAAAGUUUCGCCCAUCUUCUCAUGUCCAUGCAAUUAAGCUCAUCGCUCACACACUCGGGGGAGGGGGGACAGUAAAUUGCAGUAGAUAAGCUGCCCUGCUUGGCUGCGGUACAUGUUCAUGUUCCAACCUGUGUUAGGUGGAGGGAUCUGCAGCGUUUGUGUUUGCACAUGAUCAGAGGCUCUGUCUGCACAGAGAGAACAGACACUGAAGAAAGGCUCAAAGCACAUUUGGGUUUUAAUGCACUUGAGUCUGUGUGUGUGUGUGUGUGUGUGUGUGUGUAUGUGAGUCUUUUUAGCAUUAACGUGUGCACUGACGCACACAACCAGCAAUGUUUUUUACUCAUUUGGAUUCAUUGAUUGUUACCUCACUCACUUAUCUUCUUCUUUUCACUUCUCACCGUUUCUGAUGGCACCACACUACUAAUAAUAGUAACACAUGCACCAACCCAUACACCACUCACGGUCUGCUGCACCAGACUUUUACUCUCCACGCGUCAUGCACAUCUGCACUGCUUCCAGGGCUGGGUGUGUGUACGUGAAUGAAAUUUAAAACAAUCUGGUUUUCUAACUGAUACAUAUUGUGGACUGUAUAUAAAUUCAGCUGCAACAACAUUAGUAUGAAUGGUA